CGAUGACGUCAAGUUGCACCACCAAUUCAGCCCAGUAGAAGCUCUUUAUAGGCGGUGCCAAAGACUCCCGGACAAUCGACUGUAGGAAUCAUCCUCCUGUGAAUCUCUGCUGCUCUGAUUCCUAUCUCCUACUCGACCACCCUCGUAUCCAUCUGUUACAAAAAUGCGCGAAAUUGUGCAUUUGCAAGCCGGUCAGUGCGGAAACCAGAUCGGAGCCAAGUUCUGGGAGGUGAUCAGUGAUGAGCAUGGCAUUGAUCCCACUGGUGCCUACCAUGGAGACAGUGAUCUGCAGCUAGACAGAAUCAGCGUCUAUUACAAUGAGGCCACAGGUGGAAAGUAUGUGCCCCGAGCCAUCCUGGUGGAUCUGGAGCCGGGCACGAUGGACUCAGUCAGGUCCGGUCCCUUCGGGCAGAUCUUUAGACCCGACAACUUUGUCUUUGGUCAGAGUGGAGCUGGAAACAACUGGGCCAAGGGCCACUACACGGAGGGAGCCGAGCUUGUCGACUCUGUCCUGGAUGUUGUGAGGAAAGAGGCAGAGAGCUGCGAUUGCCUCCAGGGCUUCCAGCUCACUCACUCCCUAGGCGGGGGUACUGGCUCUGGCAUGGGCACUCUUCUCAUCAGCAAGAUCCGUGAGGAGUACCCUGACCGCAUCAUGAACACCUUCAGCGUGGUGCCUUCUCCCAAGGUGUCGGACACUGUGGUGGAGCCCUACAAUGCCACUCUCUCUGUCCACCAGCUGGUAGAGAACACCGAUGAGACCUACUGCAUUGACAAUGAAGCGCUCUAUGAUAUCUGCUUCCGCACACUUAAACUCACCACCCCCACCUAUGGAGAUCUAAACCAUUUGGUUUCUGCAACCAUGAGCGGAGUGACCACAUGUCUGCGUUUCCCCGGCCAGCUCAACGCUGACCUCCGUAAAUUAGCCGUCAACAUGGUCCCCUUCCCCCGUCUGCACUUCUUCAUGCCAGGCUUUGCCCCCCUGACCAGCAGGGGCAGCCAGCAAUAUCGCGCCCUGUCUGUGCCCGAGCUCACCCAGCAGAUGUUCGACGCCAAGAACAUGAUGGCCGCCUGCGACCCACGUCACGGCCGCUACCUCACCGUGGCUGCGGUGUUCAGGGGCCGCAUGUCCAUGAAGGAGGUGGAUGAGCAGAUGUUGAAUGUGCAGAACAAGAACAGCAGCUACUUCGUCGAAUGGAUCCCGAACAAUGUGAAGACCGCCGUCUGUGACAUCCCACCCCGUGGUCUAAAAAUGGCUGCCACUUUUAUCGGCAACAGCACUGCAAUCCAGGAGCUGUUUAAGCGCAUUUCCGAGCAGUUCACCGCCAUGUUCCGCCGUAAGGCUUUCCUCCACUGGUACACUGGUGAGGGCAUGGAUGAGAUGGAGUUCACAGAGGCAGAAAGCAACAUGAAUGACCUGGUGUCCGAGUACCAGCAGUACCAGGAUGCCACUGCUGAGGAAGGCGAGUUCGAGGAAGAGGGAGAGGAGGAAGUUGCUUAAAACCUCAGCCUACCCAGCUGCCAAAUAUCAUUUUACCUCGCCCGUCCCCCAAUUCCAUCCCUUUACAUCAUAAAUUGAAUGGUAUGCCACACUCUGAAAAACUGUAAACAUCUAGAUGACUGUUGCUCUAAUGUUAGGCAUUGAUGUAUACUGAUACUAGUGACGUUUUUGUUAUUUUAUGUUGUGAUUGCACUGAAUUAUUGGCAUCCUUACAUCUGUCUUGUUCCUUGUGGACAUUUUAAACAAGUGAUUUUAACUGUAAAGCCUUGAAUUUGUAGGAUGAAUAAUAUGUGAUUAAAAAUUCCACUUUCACUGUC